AAUAGAAUGGAACAUCAGCUGAUCUCAGGAAAUACUCCACUUUCAGCUGGACAUUGCAAGUGGCAGUAUCGAAUCUGUGUACACUUCUCGCUCGCUCAAUGAACAUAGUUGAGGAGAUGUGGGUGUGGCAAAUUACCUCCUUGGAUUGAAGUGACGGAAGGGCUGGCCUGAGAGGAAGCUGAGUUGAGGAGGGAUCUCUUCUGCUUUCGACUCGUAUUUUUUGAGGCGGAGAGUAAAGGAGAAACGAUGUGGAUGAUGAUAUGUUGAAGAACUGAUGAUGACCCCGACUCCUUAAGCUCGAUUACAGUCAUGAUAGGGUACGCAAGGAUGUACUGUCAGGUUAAUUUUGGUCUGCCAGUUGUGGGGAAGCCAUUCAAGCGCGGAAUUACAACAUUGCAUUCGUUCUCAUCUAUGACGAGGAUGGAUUCAUCAACUGUUACGCAUUUAUCUCAGUCAACAGCCGACAGUGAGCAAUCUACGACGUUAACGAACAGGUCCCUCGUGUGGAACGCGCGGUCGAAGAACUCUUUGCCAGACCGUGUUUUACUCUUAGAUGGCAAAGCUAUGGUAUACCGCGCUUACUAUAGAAUAACGUCCAGAGUAAGCAAGCAUUCGAUGAAAAGCGUUACUAGAGGAGACUCUGCGGAGAACUCGGGAUGGGAUUCGUCUCUGACAACUGUUGUUGCUCUGAAUGAGAUCUUGAAUUUGCUAGAGCUGGAUCCUUCUCAUGCCGCGGUCGUCUUUGAUUACCCAGGGCAAACAUUCAGGCACACCUUACUUCCAGAGUACAAAGGAAACCGCUCACCAACUCCCGAUACGGUGUGGGAUGCGGUGAACUUCACGAAGGCUGCACUACUUUCGAUGGGGGUUCAAGUUGUCGAGGUACCAGGCGUAGAAGCUGAUGACGUGAUCGCGACUCUUGCGUCUGAGGCUGUAGAAGCAGGGAUGAAGGUAAGGAUUGUAUCCCCCGACAAGGACUUCUUCCAGAUCCUCUCACCUCAAGUGCGGCUUCUGAGGUAUCUCCCUCAAGGAUCAGGUUUUGUGUCAUUCGGAGUGGAAGAGUUUGGCCAGAAAUUUCCAGGCUUGUUACCUUCUCAACACGUUGACAUGCAAGCUCUCGUCGGUGAUAGGGCUGACAACAUUCCAGGUGUGAAAGGUAUCGGAGAUGUUACUGCUAGGAAGUUGAUAAUCCAGUUUGGUACUUUGGAAAAUUUGCUGCGGGACCGUGGUUUAAUAACGCAGUCGCGAGCCCGAGCUACUCUACUUCUCGACACUGGAGAAGCUUUGUUAAGCAAAAAACUGUUGUUACUGAGAUUAGACGUGCCCGCCUUUGCAAUGCAAUGCUCAGUGCAAAGUCUACGUUGUAAGAAACCUAAGGAUGUCAGGGAGUACACAAAGCUUGUGGAGGCACUGGUAGAUCUUGUGGGUACAACUACAUCCGAUAAUCUGCUUGAGCGCACAGUCGAGUAUUGGAGAAGGUUGGAAACCCAAACGUAAGAUUCAGCAGGUUCUUCUUCGAGAAUCUUGUUAUCGUGAAGAUUUUGAAGUAAAGUCAGGAUGAGGGUGGACCGGUAGCUCAUGGCUUGUGAUGUUAAAAGACGUCUGUUGGUGCCCUAGUUAGUUCUAGGAGGCCAGCAACUUUCACAAAUCUGCAGACUCAGGAAUUGUAGAGCUGCCGAGGGUCUCCCUGGAAAUUGAGGUAGUCACAACGAGGAAUUUGAAGUGAGCUUGAUCGAUAUUGUGAUUCAGCUAACUGCGCAGCAUAUUUUUUUAUCAACAGUACAUUUCCAAGUCCAUCAUCUUCUUCUGCGUGCAAUGAUGAUUCUGAUGCCUCAUUGAACAAAUAAUAGUCUACCAAGCUUGUGCGCUGGGUGUUGCCCUCUCUGAUCGCAUCCCCGGACAAGGAAGCCAUUAUUCUUCCUUCACCGCGUCAAAGAAACGAGUGAUCG